CCAAGGACAAGUCUUCUACCCAGACUCUCAACCAGGGCUUGGUAUCUGCUCCUCAGAUGAUGAGAACCAUGGCAACCGUGAAUCUUGGCUGAACCCUCAACACAAGCACCGCUCCCAUCCGCCCGCCUCCGACAUGCAUGUUGGGGGAAAACAGCCAGGAGCAUCCUGUCAUUAGGGACGUGCUCUUCAACUGCGAGUCCAUGGACGAUUCUGAGUCGGAUGAUGUGUUUCAACCAUCCUCCUCCAGUGACAUGUUCGAGCCCACGAACCCCUACUCAUUGUUUAACCUCCCGAGACCCCAGGUUCUACGGUGUAUGAAGGAAAAGGAGAAUGGGAAGAAAGGUGAUAUGUGUAGAAACAGUUCUGCUAGAAGAAUUGGAUGUGAUUCACGACAGCCUGAGUCAGCCAUGACACAGAGUACUGCCAGUCACGUGACAGAAGUAGACAGUAUCAGUGAUGGCGACUCGGAUGUGGACAUCGUGUCCUUGCCGUGUUCCGAGAAUGCCCAGAGGUCUCUGCCAGCAAACGACGAGUGCAGGAUUUCUAAAGUUACUCUGUCAGAUCAGAGAGAUCAUGUGACUCUUUCGGAAGAUGGUGGUGUUGCAACGUCAGGUGUAUCACCAUCGCCUGUUAUCACCCAAAACAUCGACAUGGCAUCUGUUGGAGAGAGCCAUAGCUACCUCAGUAACGGUGUGUCUCAGGAUCAGCGAAAGAGAAAGUGUGUGUCCUUGAAACGCGGGUGUCAGGAAAACGUGGCUGGCCACACCAGUGCAGACAGAUCAGGGGAGGCUGCAGCCAGCGGGUACAGACAAACAGCUGCUCCUAAUGGUGCUCUCUUCGUUGACCCUGACCCCACCGGAUUUCGACGUUACCAUGGUGAUCGGCAGCAGAGGACGUCGCCGAUUAUCCCUGAUGUGCAUCUGACAGAUGGAUCAGAUGAUAGUGAUGUUGAGGUUGUCAAGAUAGAGCCAAGACCCAGGAAGAGACUUGAAUCAUCAGGAAGAGCCACAGUUGUUGUUGAUCUCACAGAAUCAGAUGAUGAGACCAGUGCUUCCCAAUCUUGUAAGGUGGUUGCCCAGGCCGGGCCAGAACCCAGUACAUCUAGUCAGCCAGGGACGUCCUCACAGGCCCUCCCCAACGCCGCUCAACAAACACCAAGUGUUGCUGUCACCCAGCCCUCGCCACAUGCUCAAGUUCCACGAUCUUACUCCGCCAGCAGUCAUCACCAUUUCCACCCCCGGCCCCCACCUGCCCAUUCCCAGCACGUCCAUCACCCCCAGCCAGCACACACAUGCCGACUCCAUGACCACACCCCCUGCCAGGACCACACCUAUACAUGCAAUGGGCACCAGACAGUGCCAGAGUGCAGUGAGCGGGGUUCCUGUGGACUGCACCACCAUGAGCGUGGUCACUGCCGCCUCCACGCCAUGACCCCCCACAGCCAUGGCCACCAUGGCCACACCCAUUCCCCACACCAGACUCACCGGGGUUUGCAUGGACCAUGUGUUGGGUCCUGCAACCACGUGAACCAUGUCCACCGCCCCACUCCCCAACCCCCGCGUGCCCAUAUACACCAUCACCACUACCACCCAGCAGCAUUUGCCAUGCAACCUCACAACGUAGCCAUGCCCAUUGCUGCUGCUCACCCCCCUCCCCACCACCACCCCCCACCCCCAUCAACGCCUGCUCCAUCACCACCAAGUGCCUGA